UUCUCUGAAAUUCCCCCCCUUAAAUAUCUCUUCAAUUUCUCCUCUUUUAGAUUUCACAUAUACAAAAGAAACAAAAAAAAAAAAAAAGAAAAAGAAAAGGGAAAUCAUGGGAAAAGGUGGUGGAUGUGUUUCUAGCAAAAACAAAACCUCCAACUCUUCAAACAAAUAUGCGAAUACAGCCAAAAAUUCCGCCAAUGUUACUUCUCCAACCAAAAAUCUUAAAAUUUUUAUUGUGUUUUAUUCCAUGUAUGGACAUGUGGAGUGUUUAGCAAAAAGAAUCAAGAAAGGAAUAGAAACAGUCGAUGGUGUCGAAGGGGUACUGUAUAGAGCCCCCGAAACACUGUCCGAGGAUGUUCUUGUUAAAAUGCAGGCCGCGCCUAAGGAUGACUCUAUUCCCGAGAUAUCAUCUCCGUCAGAUCUUGCUGAUGCUGACGGGUUCUUGUUUGGGUUUCCCACCAGGU